AUGAACAUUCCAAAAUCUAACAGAAAAAAAAAAUCCACAAAAUCUCAUAACUCAUCACAGCCCCAAAAUAAUCCAAAUCCUCAACCUUACUAUUCUAAUCUUCUAAUUGAUCUCAACUCAGAUUUAGAUACAAAUUUUCAAAAUUUUCCGAAUUACGGUUCACAAAAUCUCAAUUUCUCAAAUCCAAGUACUUUCACUCCGUUUCCUUUUCAACCACCACAAAAUCCUAAUUAUUCAAAUUCUCCAAAUGUUAUCCCAUCUUUUGAAAAUAUUCAAAUCUCUCAAAUUGAUUCAACAUUUCCCAUGUCUCAACAUUUUUCUAUGUCACAAGGUGAUGGUGCAUUUCCGAGUUUCGAUUGUUCAUACACAUCGAAUGCAUCAGAUGACGAAAAUGAACCAGAAAAUGAAGAAGGCGAAGGUAAUGAAAGAGGUAAUGAAGGAGGCAAUCAAGAUGGAAGGAAAAUUUUUUGGUCAAAAGCUGAAGAAGUGGUUCUUGUGAAGGCUUGGCUUGAGGUUAGUCAAAAUAAAAAAACUAACACUAACCAAAAGGGGGAUGUUUUUUGGAGGAAAAUUGAAGAAAUGUAUAAUAAUGUUAGACUAUACAAACAAAGGUGUUUCGAAGAAGGUACUGAUCGGGUAACACGAGAAGAUUUGUUGAAAAUGAGGGGUACGGAGCAACUUAGAAACCGUUGGAGAAGGAUUAAUGCUUCAUGUUCUAAAUUUUGUGGCUCACAUGCUCAUGCUGAAUCAAAAAAGGGAAGUGGUAUGAAUGAUGAAGAUGUUAUGAAAUUAGCAUAUAGUAUAUAUGCUAACGACAAAACAAAGUCUUCAUUAUGCUCUAAAACCUUUCAAGACAAGCAUGUUUGGGACAUCUUAAAACAACAUGAAGCAUGGAAACCAAGGGAGAAAGAAGCAAGGAAGCAAAGAAAAAUUAAUAUGGAGUUAUUUAAACACCUCGAUUCAAAGCCAAACUUAUCUUCGGAAGAUCAAGAAUUAAGGAGCACUUUGUUGAAGAAGUUGUUCCCCUCAGACUAA